AUGAGAUUAUUCAAAUUUAAAAAAUCCAUAUCUACCAAUAAUGAAAGUAAUACUACUACUCAAUCUAUCAAAUCAAAACCUAAAUUAGUUUCAAUAUACCCAACGUCAAUCAGUAGCAAUAGUAGUAGCAUUUCAAAUAAUUCUAUUAAAAAACUAUCAACAUCUAUAAAGAACUUUAAUAUUGAAUUACAUGAACCACGCAGUGUUUAUAAGACAGGCGACUAUUUGAAUGGUGAAGCUGUCUUGAAAAUCACUAGUGAUACUGUCAAUAUUGCAUUAAGAUUAUCAUUAAUAUGCGAAUUGAAAGUAAAGGCCGGUAAUACUGCAGCUUCCAGAACACAAAUAUCAGAAACUCUAUUAAACAAUGAAGCUUUGUUAUAUGGUGAAGAUUAUAAACAUUUAAUAGCUACUGAUUCAUUUUAUAAAAAUGAAAUAAUAAAUGGUCUUACUAAAGGUGAACAUAGAUUCCCAUUUAAAGUUAAAAUCCCAGUUGGGAAAAAUCCUAUUAGUUCAAUAAAUUUUGAAAGAGGCUCAAUAUCAUAUAGAUUAGAAUGCUCAUUUGAAUCAAUAAAUGAAUUUCAAAAAGAAAAACCAAUAAUAAAAUGCCAAAAAGAUUUUUUAGUUGUUGCACCUUUAGAUGUUAGCACUUUAAAUGAAGGAAGGAAAAAAACUGUAGUAUUACAAUCUGCAGCUAUUCCACCAUUACGUCAUAGUAACCAAAAUAAUUCCGUAAAUGGUAGUUAUAAUAACAAUAGUAAUAGUUCGCACUCUAAUAGUUUAUCGACAAAACAAGUUGAUGAUGGUACAUCUUCCUUUAUUACGAAAAUUACUAAUAAUUCUUCAAGUACAACCUCUUCAAACAAUUCCUCAAAUAAAUCUAUUAAUUCUGAGAAAAAAGUAGUUAUUUCAGUUAAUUUACCUCAUUCAGGUUUUACAAUUGGUGAAAUAAUACCCAUUAAAGUCUCAAUUAAUCAUUAUAAAGAAUUUUCACAUCCAGCAAGUUUAAUAACAACUCUUGUUAGAAUUUGUAGAGUCAAUGGUAGUGGUGAUGAUCAAUUAAAUGAAACUUUUAGAAAAGAUAUAUGCCAAAGCGUUUCCCCAGUUUAUAUUGAUCCUGUGACAUUAGAUUGUAAUUUAAUUGUUUAUUUAAAAGUUCCAUUAGAUGCAUUUGCUACAUUUACAGCAGUUCAAAAAUAUUUUUCAUUCCAAUAUUAUGUUGAAGUUAUGGUAAAUUUAUCACAAAAAAAUAUUAUUUAUACAGAAUCUAAUAGAAUAAUUGGUAAACCAAAUGAAAAUAAUCAAUCUAAUGAAUUAAUAUUCCAAAGACUAGAAGAUAAUAUGAAUCAUUUACAAAGGAAUUUUUUCAAUAAAAUGAAUCAAAAUGCAAUAAUGAAUGAUCAUGAUGAUAUUGAAUCCAAUAUUCUUUAUCAUGAUAUGGUUAAUGUUGAUAAAUUGAAAAGAUUAAGAAAUGUCACAGGUAUGUCAAUUGAAGUAAUUAUUGGCACAACUAGAAACAAGACUAUUGACCAUGAAAUUGAAUCAAAUAAUCAAACUAUUAAAGAUUAUGAUAUUCAGGAUGGCAAUUCAACUCAUACAACUACAUCAAACAAAUAUAUUGGGAAUUCUAUAUCACUUGAAAAUACUCUAUCUAAUGGAAGUAACAUUAAUAACACUAGUUCAUUGAUUCAAAACCCCGAGCCACCUCCUGAAUUAUCUAAUCCAUCAUCAAUUAUUCAACAAUUACCGAUUCAUUUACAACAACAAUAUCAAGAUUAUCUACAAUCAUAUGUUGCUAAUGAAUCCUCAUCCAUCAAUAAUUCCCAAGCAACUCAAGCUUUGCAAUUAAACGCAUGGUUAUCAUCUAUACAUUUACAAGCAUUGAACAAUCCAGUUCCAAAAUAUACACCAAAUAACGAAAUUAAUAUAACAGAAGACAAAAAUGAGUUGGAACAGACAAGAUUAAAAGAAAUGGAAAGUGAUCCACCACUUGCAGAUUAUUGA